AUGCUCUGGUACUCCACAGGGUCCAUUUGUGAUUAUGUUUUUAUUAGAUCACCAGUCCUGCCAUGCGCUGCCCUCGUUCAUCAUAGUCGUUCCGGUCCUGUGGUCGGAUGCGGCGAGAGGGUCUUCCAACAACCUGACUACGGCGAGUAUCCUUGUCUAUCAGAAAGUUACCAGUCACUGGCUACUGUACAAACAACUUCCAGGACACCCGGAGAUGCUGUUACGACGCGAAAAGAGGACAGGGUUGUGUACUACCAGAAUGUCGGCGGCUUGAAUACAAGUGUCGAAGAUUACCGCUUGGCCGUUUCGGACGGCUGCUACGACAUUAUUGUGCUCAUCGAGACCUGGCUGGACUCUCGUACGCUUUCAAGUCAAGUAUUCGGAUCCGACUAUGAGGUGUUUCGCUGCGAUCGCAACUCUAAUAAUAGCAGUAAAUCUUCCGGAGGUGGCGUGCUGGUAGCUGUUCGUUCCGGAUUGAAGGCCAAAGCGAUCGUCAACGACUCCUGGACCUGCUUGGAGCAAGUAUGGAUCUCCGUCAAGAUGAUCGACCGUACAUUAUUUCUAUGCUCGCUGUACAUACCUCCUGAUAGGGUUCGGGACACUGAACUUAUCGAAACUCACUGCCAGUUUGUGUUCACCAUUCUGGAUACCGCCCUUCCUACUGAUGUCCUUGUAGUGGGCGACUUCAAUCUUGCUGGAAUCUCUUGGAGGCCAUCGCAUAGCGGCUUCCUCUGUGUCGAUUCGGAACACUCGCAGCUUCAUUCUGGCGCAAUAAGCAUUUUAGACAGUUAUAGCGCAGCUACGCUCCCUCAAUUCAAUCACGUGUUGAAUGAAAAUGGACGAACCUUGGAUCUAUGUUUCGUGAGCACUCGAGAUCAGGCACCUUACACUGCAGUGGCACCCUGUGCGCUGGUCAAAGACGUUCCUCAUCAUCCUCCCUUGAUUAUCAACGUGGAAAAUUCGCUUGUCCAUGACUUCGAAGAUGCCGUUGCCUCCGUAUCUUACGACUUCCGGAGGGCCGAUCAUCGUAGCAUUGCUGAGGUGUUGACAAGUAUUGACUGGGAACACGUUCUCGACCCGGGCGAUGUUGAGACAGCCGCACUCACCUUUUCAAAUAUCCUGGCAUACGUCGUAGACAGGCACGUCCCUAAAAGGAUACAAAGCAAAGCUUCUCGGUCUCUCUGGCAGACCAGCGAACUACGAAAGAUGAAGACGAUUAAGAGAGCAGCCCUGAGACAGCUCACCAAACACCGCACGCUUGCUCUGAGAAACCACUACGUGAGGCUCAACCAUGAAUACCAGCGAACCAGUCGCCAAUGCUUCUCAAGGUACCAGCGUGAUAUUCAGCUCAAAUUCAAAUCUCAUCCGAAAUCUUUCUGGAAGUAUGUCAACCAACAACGUAAGGAAUCCGGACUUCCCGCAACAAUGCAGUUGAAUGGAGUAUCAGCUUCCACUCCUCGGGACAUUUGUCGGUUGUUUGCCGAGAAAUUUGCUAGCGUGUUCAAUGAAGAGAGCUUAAACGCCGACGAAGUUUCUAUCGCCGCUAGAAAUGUUCCUCCAAAUGGCCAAAUGUUCAGUUCCAUUCAUGUCAACGAUGGUAUGAUCUCCAGGGCCGCAUCGCAACUCAAAUCAUCCAAUAAUACUGGACCGGACGGCAUUCCAUCGGCAUUCCUAAAAAAACACAUCUCCUGCUUACUAGAUCCACUUCAACGCAUCUACCGCAUGUCACUCUCCAGCGGCAUAUUCCCUUCCUGCUUAGGGUUACCAUCCGUCCUUAUUUAG